UUGUACAACUACGCUUCAGACACUCCCUCACCUCGCAGCGAUCCAUGGCGACGUCGCAGAUCCGGAAUUUCUAAGGCAAAGUCUUUGGAAGCUUCUUCGCAUGCUGCAUCUAUCGAGAGAACAUUUGCCCGAUUACGAAGCGGAGUGUGCAGUGCGGCUGCUGAAGGGUCAAAUGUGAAUCUGGCUGCGCGGGAUUAUCUCGUGGAUAUGAUUGGAAAGAUGGGCAAUAUUGUAGAGUAUCCAUCACAAAAUGGUACAUUGCUGGAGAUGCCCAUGGAUAAAAGAAAACCCUUCCGCAAAAGCCGCCGUGUUGAGGGCAGUCUCGAUGCAAGAGUGAGAAUUCGAAAAGUUUUGGACAACAUUGAGCGAAAGAAAUAUGAAAAAAGAAAAGAACAUGAAAGAGUGGAGGAGGGUGAAGUGACUGAUUCAAACAAGUCAUUUGAACGGCAGUCAUCUUCUGAACAACCCAGUGAGAUAGGGGAUAGCGAGCAGUCAGUUGCUGGUUCUAGUAGGACUGAUGAUAUUCCAGUCGAGACUGAGUCUGAGUGUCAGAGUUCUCGUUCGGAAACUCCAAUGAGCUCGCGCUCCUCAGGCGUAGAGAAACUGACAGAGUUGCUAAGUAGGAUGAAUACCGUAAGUCAAAAACCGACACCUCGCACAAUUUAUGAGAGGUUCAAAGACGAGCUCCGAGAGAAGACUGAAAAGGAGUUCGCUCUAAGAGAAGAGAUAAGGAUUCGGAAUCUUGCUGGUCUCUAUAGGCGAGAGAUCGCGGAGGAAGAAAUCAGAAAAAACCUUGAAAUUGUCGGCAUUAGGGUUCCCGCUAGGAAGCCGAAGGUCAAGGAUGAGUUCCCUCCCGACUGUCAGCCAUUACGUCCUAUCUGUUUAGCGCUACCAGAGGAAGCUCUCGAGUUGUGCCAGCGAGUUUGGAACCGACGGCUACCGCAGUCUGAGGAAUUUAGCGAAGCUUUUGGUAUUAAGCUUACACGAAAAGACCUAUCCACUCUCUCCGGCUUAGAUUGGUUAAACGACGAAGUUAUCAACUUCUACCUUCAGCUCGUAUGCCAAAGAAGUACCCGGUCCAAGAAUUUACCAGACACAUAUGCGUUCAAUACGUUCUUCUACGCAAAUAUAUCAACAAAGGGAUAUUCUUCGGUGAAAAGAUGGACGAGGAAAGUGGACAUAUUUGCAUAUGAUGUGCUCUUAGUACCUGUGCAUCUCAGUGUACACUGGUGCAUGGCAGUAAGUUCUCCUAUUGAGCUAUCAUAUUGA